UCAGAGUCCACAGUCCUAAGUUGGCCUCAGGCUGCAAUAGAACGUGUAUCUCUCUCUCUUUCGGUGGCUUCGAUCUGAUCGAAGAGAACGCGGCUCCAGCCAGUCUCGCGCGAACCUUUGCGAACCUUGCCUCCUUAGGACGACGCGAUCCUUCCUCUCUACCUGCCUGCCCUUCGACUUUUAUUUUUCUAUUUCUUUUUCUUAAUAUUCCUCCUGGUCUUCCUUUGAAUAAUUUCAAUUGUGUUUUUUUUUUAUUUUACUGUGGAAAGGAAAUUCGGGAUAAAGUGAACUCUCGAGUCGGAGUACGGAUCUAUUCGUCGAAUCUUCAUUCCAGAGAUGCUUUUGAUGCGAUGCUGUUGAUGCGACGCGCGUCUGAGUAAAUAAGUCAUAGAUCAGACAAAAAAAUGAAGACAUUAGGGAGCUUCAUCUCGUUCCUCCUCAUUAUUCUGCAUAGUACGAGAUUCACGAAUUGUCUGUGCAACUUAGAGAACGAAACGGAGACACAAUGCGACCAAUUAGAGGACAUCAAAUACAUCGACGCUCAUCAAUUGGAAAAGUUGAAAGCCAGCGUGGUCGGCAGUGCUUUGGAUCCGAAGAUUUUCAAACACUUGAACAAUUUGAAACAUUUGGAUUUGUCCGGUGGCAAUUUGAAACGAAUAGAACCUGGUACUUUUCGAACGUUGAUCAACUUGAAGAGUCUUGACCUCGCUAACAAUCAAUUAGAAUAUUUGAACUUGUCAUCUUUGGAAGGGCUACAGGAGUUACGUAGUUUGAAUCUUCGAAGGAACAAUAUCAGUCAGUUGCCGGUUGUAUUGCUUCUUCUGAAAAACCUUAAACAUUUGGAUGUUCAUGGUAAUCCACUGCAAUGUAAUUGCGCAACGUUACGCGUGAGAGACUUGUUGACGUCGAGAAGUGUUAAGUUGUCGAAGAAGGUUACAUGUGCUGGGCCGAAUGGUUCGAAAGGUACGUCGCUUAUGAAAUUGGAGACGCAGAGGAUUUGUAAAGAGGAGCAAGAUGACAAGGAAAUGCUGGGUGAUCAGCCAUAUCAGGGAUCAGAAGACUUCGGUUCUGGCGAUGUUUACGACGAGAUGGAUUCAAACGACGAGUUUUUAGAUAUUCAGGAACCUUCUGAAAGAACGCAGGUUGAAGAAGUUGAAACCCCAGCUCCGGAGAUACAUCCGGUAUCUACCGUGGAGCCAUCGACGACUGUAUUAAUUCAAACGACAGUGGAAGUUAGUCCAGCAAGUAGCAGUGAAAGUCCACUUCUAAUAACGCCAACCGAAGCACCUCUGGAAAAGUCUAUAAAGGAAUCCGAAGAGCUGUUCUUUGAUUUCGAGGACCAGAAACAUCAGAUUACUACAGAAAUGUCACAGAAAAAGAAAGUGAAGGAUAGUUUGUUUUAUCCCGUUGAAGGAUCGGGAGAUGAGGGUUCUGGUUUAGAGGGUUCUGGAAUUGGUGUAGUGCCCAACGAAGAUGACGAAAGUGAUGAAAAAAUAGGAGACCAUGGGGUUUAUGUAUCGAGCACUUCGGAAGAAAGUAUUUUCUCUAUGAUUCUUAGUGUAUUUACCGAUACGGAUACUACCACAGAGAAGAAAGAACCUAGCAUCGAAGAAGAAGGAUUCAUAAAUGUUUCGGUAAUAAAGACCUUCGAUAAUCUCGGAGAAAUUCCCGUUACAAAGUCAAAAACAAAUGUAACUCUUGCAACUGUUCCACUACCCUUUUCUACAAUUGGUCCAGAAAUUGUAGAAAGUAAUGAGGCCGAGGACAUGUCAAAAUUGGGUACGAUCAUGGUGGAACCACCCGAGGUCGCUGGUAUGAACAAUGAAUUAGCCAAAGUGUCACCUGCCAAACAAUCGAAAAAAGGAAUGGGCUCUUACGUUGUUCUGGCUGGUUUGUUGGUCAUUCUGGCAGGUUUGGUCGGCUUUGCAGCCUAUAAAGGUGACUUUUGUAAGAAGAAGAGGAAACGGGGUGACGUGGAGAAUGGUACGGAGAUGAAAGAUAUGCAAAAGUCUCUUUUAGAUACAGGGAAUCAAGCGCAACCGAAAAUAGCAUCGAACGGUAGUCCAGAAAACAUGCCGUUGGUUGAUGGUACGAUCGAACACGAGGAUACAAAAGAUUCUAUAAGGGCUCAAGAGAGAGACAGAACUCAAAAUGGUCAUUCAGAUCACAUAGACCACGCGGAUCCCGUGAAACCUCCCAGAAAGAUAUUAAAUACUCAGGAAGAUUGUAAACCUGUGCAAGAAGCUCUACAGGAUUCGAUAUCCUCGAAAGACGACUCAUUUUCAGAGAGGACCAGUCCCGUGGAAUCAGCAAGAACGACCAGUCCGCGUCUUUCCGAACCGAAUGGUCCACCCUUGAGUCCUGGAGCUCAGAGAGUAAAGAUUACUCUUCAAGAGAAUCCAGACAGCGUUCCAAAAACGCCUAUACUCAUAACGCGAACGUCUGUGGGUGAUAAUCUAGUCAAAACACCGUGAAACGACCUACCUGGCCAAACCAUGUCAUUUAACAAAGGAUCCAACUAAUGACGCAACGAAAUGCAAAUGAAAGAAUACCAAGAAAACGUCAGGUGAUUCAAGGAAGUGUAUACGGACAACGUGAUUGGUUGGUUUCUAGCCCCUACGUGUCAGGGCCACGUUCGAAACACCUUCAGAAAUCGACACUUUCAUGUAUAUUAUAGGACGUUCAACGAGAAUAUUCUUCGAAUAUCUGAUCUAACGGAUUAUCUAUUUUCUUUUUACGACACGUGAUUCUUCUAGGCGAGAGUGAGCGCGAACUAAGUGGACUUGUACAUAACUUUCUUUUUUCUUAUUUGUUUUAUACUUCGACAAAAUGGAUGAUUAGGCAAAAAGACAAAAAAAAAGAAAGAACAAAAAGAUCGCAUGAGUUUAAUCGUAUACGAGAUUUGUGAAGACAUUCGUUGUACUAGCACACUAGUCAGUCUCCUUCACAGAUCUUCCAGUCCUACCGUUGUAUCCUCCGAAAUUAUUUCUUAUGUUAGACACAGAGUGCAAGCGAAUCUAAAAGUGAGGAGAAUACAAGCGAUAUUGUUAUUUUAAUCCUACUUUGUGUAUAUUAUCGUCAAGAGGGUACAUUCCAAGCCUGCCAUAAUAAUUCUUUUCAUUUUCUUGUUUUUUUAUACCGUAUGCUUAUUUGAAUGAAAUUCCUAAUUUUAGCCUUGAUCGGCCAAACGAACAAGAAUCGUUUGAUAUUUGAUGAAUACGUGACGCUCUGGAGUUUAGACUUUACAUAAGUGUUAAUAAUUAUUUUGUUGCGUUUCUUAUUAUUGCGUGAAUGGACAAAUUGUAAUAGCUAGUCGAUCGAUACGUAAACACCCGUCAUGUUUGAUUGUUAAUAAGACGCAAUUCCUCUUACCGUCACUCUGAUCCUCUUCUUUUUCCUCUUCUUUUUCCUCUUAUUUUUUUGUCUUUUAUUUUCCUUUUUUUUCUUCAUAUUGCGUGUUUGAGAUUAAUUAGCGAAUACAGCAAGGCUGGUUUUAGAUUAUAAACAUGAAUAUAGAACUUUGUUUGUAUUAAAUUGUUAGAUUUAUUACCGAUGUCUAUCAAUUUUACUAAAUAGUAUCAUUUCAAAGCGAUAAUUGAACUAUUUGUAUGAUAAUAUAUUUUUAAUGCGUGUUCAUCGAUUCCGAUCAGUCGCUGAGAAUGUGUCAUUCGUAUGAGAAAUUAAAGACACGAUUUAUUAGAUAAAUCAAUACGUAUGCAUGCAUUAUUUUUCAGCCCUGUAUUUAUCGCUAUCGACAUUAUUAUAACACGCUUCUAUUGUUUAUACCAUUUAUAAUGUCGUAUAUAAAUAUAUAUAUAUAUAUAUAGUGAGACAAAGAGAGAGAGAGAGAGAGAGAGAGAAAGAAAAAAUAUUACAUAUAAAUUUAUUUGCAAACGGGCAAUACGCGCAUUGCCUUUCUAUCGACUAUUACAAUUAUUUAUUCGUUAAAAUUAUAAGAUAAUAGGAGAGAUAUAUUUUAUAAGGUACGAGCUUUAUGCGAGUUUUAAUAAUUAGUUAAUUCAUUUAAGGAUUAAGGAUUUCGAAUGUUCGUCACAUUUAAUUACAUAUAUGUAUUUACAACGUUGAAUGUAUAAAUAAGUUUUUGUCGUUAAUAUUAUUUCGUACUAUCAAUCAAAGAUCGUUUGUAUUUAGGUAUGUGAGCCAAAUAAGCUGAUUACAUAUAUAUUAUUAUAAUUAUUAUAUGUAUUAUAUAUUAUGUACUGUGCAUCCCCUAAAAACGUAUUAUGGUUACGAAGACAUAAUGUUUGGACGUAAUCAUUCAUUAGAAAUACGGUGCCUACCUUUGUGAACAACGUCGUACAAACAACGAUGGAUAAUUUAAGAAUGUGUAUGACCAAUUUUAUAAUCCCUAUCAUGUUAAUUCUCCUCGGAAAAAGAAUCUUUUUUCUUCAACUUUUCUUCGAAUGAUGCAUAAUAUUUGGAAGUAAUUGAUCCGAGUAAGUACAUGAAGAUUUUAUUUAUACUUACAUUAGUGUAUUUAAUAAAACGAAACGAAAGAUUUACCUCGUUUACCUACAUUGUGAAGAAAAUAUGUUUAUUCAUAUAUAUAUGUACGUAUAUGUAUGCAAGUGUAAUCUUCAAUUAGAAUGUAUAAAUCCUUAUGACAUUUUUUUGUAUAUAAAAAAGAUAAGGUAUAAUUACAUAAAAUGAAUCUGAAAAGAAAAAAUAUCACGUAAGUGAUGUUUAGCACGGAUCGAGGUAACAAAUAAAACAGAAGAAAGACGAAAAAGAGGACAAGAAAAUAUAGUGACCAUACUCGGUGAAAAUGAAUAAUAAGCAUUCUACGUAACAUCGAAGUGAUAAUUUGUAACCCAAUUUAUAGAUCGAUUGAUUUCGUUACUAGCAACAAAUAGAGUCUACGAAAUAUUAUUAUUCGGUUGAAAGAAAUGAAUAAUUUGCAUUUAAUCCUUGAAGUUACUAGCAUGCCGCUCCGAUUACCAUCUCGUCUUUCUCUCUUCAAUGUCUCUCGAUAUGUAAUUAUUAAUGAAAUUAAUAGUUGCGUAUAUCGUAGAAAUAAUACUGUAUUUUACGCAGCUCGAAGGUUACUAACAAAUUGCUAUGAUUCCGCGAGCACACCUAUUCGUUAUGGUUAACUUAGUAAUUGGAUGUUACGGGAAGGCACGCUACGUGAGUUUAAAAGUAACACUACGAGAUUCGUAUCUGUUCCAAUUUCAAAGUUUAUACUAAAGGUUUACUUUAAAUCAAAGCAUUGGAAUCAUAUUGAAUUUUGUAUUGAACUAGAACAAUCCCCUAGUAUUUCUAUUUUAAGAAUAGAAAAACAUCUAACCUCGAGAA